AUGUACUCAUUAGGUUCAUAUUCUAAAGUAGACUAAUCCAAUAAUUCAAGUAGCCUGAUAGAGGAGCAGAAGGUUGAAGAAGAGCCUGCAUCGAAUGAAAGUAAUAUAUAGCAAUUUCUCAAUCAAUCACUAAAUACUUUUACUUAGAUAUCCAAUAGCUACAAGCACUCACAGAAAUAAAGUCACUCUUGUAAUAAAUCUAAGUCAAUUAGCAAACUCAAACCAAUCAAAGCACCCUCUCAGAUUAAUUUAAAGUAUUUUACUGUUGUUAAUUAUCUAAAGGUGCAGUCAACGCCACAAGCAAAUAAAUAAAAAUAAAAGGCAACAAAUUUGUUAGCACUCAGUCAAAAAAUGAAUGAGGACCUACAAUCCUUGGGUGAUCUUAGCGAGAUUAACAAGGGACAAGGUGAUUAGAUUAGCAAGGAUAUUUCACAUUUUUUGGCAGAGAAUCCUGAGAAUUUAGUUCUGAGCUAUCUGUAGAAGAGAUCUGACUUAAUGCUUUCAAAAUUAGAUAGCAUGAAUCAUAGAGUAUUGAGCAGUUUCAACGAACUAUAGAGGAAUGUGCAUGACUUAGAGCAUAAGGUAAAGGGCUAGAUAGAAACUCAGCAGAUUAUAAUAGACAAUAAGCUGUAUAAAUAUGGACUGGAUAAUGUGAAUGAUAAUAGCCAGCAGAAAAGUAUCGCCAACACAUCAAUUUUUGAACACAAAAAUCUAUCAUCUCAUGAGAAAAAGAAGAUAUACCAAGACUUCUAAGAGGGAUAAGUCUUAUCACUGUUUAAAAAUGAGGCUGUUAAAGAGUUCAAGCCAUUGACUGUAAAAACUGGUAGUCAUAACUUGAUGAGUAUUUCUCAGUUGACAGUUCAAGAAAGAUAAGGGUCUCAGGAUUACAUUGUAGUUAGAGGCUAAUCUAACAGAGUAGCAUUCAUUGAUCCAUAAAGUCUACAAGUCGAAAGGUACUUAGAACUUUAGCAGCAUUGGGGAAACUCAAAUCUAAGAUGGAUAAUCUAAUUUGGCAACUAGCUAAUCUUACAACUUCAUAAUAAGUACGGUGACAUCCUCUUCUAUGAGGAUGAGUAGUUCAGAAAAGCAUGGAAUGUAAAUGAUAUCUUCUUGAGACCUAUUGUCUACAAUACUCAGGAGAACAUCUAUGUAAUUUUCCCAUCUUAAAAUGGCACAGUGCAUCUUUAUGAGUAUCAACUGACAAAGAUGAAUUUUAAGUUGCUUAACUCAUUCUAGCUAUAGUAGGAGAGUUCUGGUUUGGAAUCGACUUUAGGUUCUCUAAGUGGACCAAGUGAAGUUCUAGUUGUAAAGGAUUUAAAUUUAAGUCAAUUACUUGCUGUUGGGUAAAGAGGCAGCGGUUUAACCUUGAUUGAUGUUAGUCUGGGUAAACUUAGACUGACAAAGUAUGCGCAGUUUUUGGAGAAGCUUAGUGUAAAGGACAUUGUAGAAUUAGAUAAAAAUUUGCUAUUGGUUUUGACAUUUGAAAGCCCACAAUAUUUCAUUGUUGAUAUUGACAAGAAAAAACCAAUAGGAUUAGGUGCUGGUACUGGUAAACUUGGUUUAUCAUUGAAUCUGAUGCCUGGUUAUGAUCCAGUAAACUAUCCAUAUGUCCUUUGCUAGGAAUUGAAUUCCUUUGCCAUUCUAGAUCCAUUUUCCAAUUUCUAUAGUGAGAUUUACAAAAGUGAUAGAACUGCUAUUUUAGAUACUGAUGCUAAAGAAGAUACAGUGAUAUUUGAUCCAAUCAUGAAAAAUGCAUUCAUUUGUGAGAAAGAUGGAUUUUAUCUUGCCAGAUAUGAAAUCAACCCAUAGCUACUGGAAUCAUUGAAUCUCUCUUGA